AUGUCUUUUCGCAAGCGCAAUAUUGGUCUUUCCCCUGGGGUUGACCGCAAUGCAGUCCCUAAUACCGCACAGCCCGCACCAGAGAGCACACCGGGAAUCCGCCCCUCACCCGACGAUGGACGACCAACGACUUCGACAGGCACGCGAUCUCUUGACAAUCUUCUUGCAGGCCAUGCAGGAUUGCCAAUGGGAAAACUACUGUUCAUUGAAGAAAACGGAACGACAGACUUUGCGGGCGCAUUGCUACGAUACUACGCGGCAGAGGGAGUGAUUCAAGACCAAAAGAUUCAUGUGGUUGGAGUGCCAGAGCAGUGGGGUCGAACCUUGCCUGGACUGAUCGGUUCAGCGGAGUCUCUUGAUGAGAAGAGAUCCGACCGGCGCAAAGAUGACCGAAUGAAAAUAGCAUGGCGAUAUGAAAGAUUGGGCGAAUUCGGCGCAGUCGCUGGAUCGCGCGAUGGUGAGUCUCGAGAACCCCAAGCUUUGAGCUUCAAUAUGUUGAUGAAGAUAGCACCUUCCACCCCCGGAGAGCAGGAUCCAAAUGCAAAGGAAGCUCCCGCCUUCUGCCAUGCGUUCGAUUUAACUAAACGCCUCACCCACCCAUCUAUCACAAACAUGUCCUUCAUUCCACUUCUGCCCUCCAAAGAAUCGCCAUUUGCCGCCAUCCUCAAACGACUCCAAACCGCCAUUGCGUCCAGUAACGCAAGUACCGUCCAUCGAAUUGUUAUCCCUUCUCUGCUCAACCCAACAAUGUACCCGCCGGAAUCUUCCCAACCCGAGGUUGUGCUCCAGUUCCUACACGCACUCAAGGCGUUGAUGAGUGCACACGCGAACCGCGUGACCGCAAUGAUAACUUUCCCAUUGUCCCUGUUCCCACGUUCAUCAGGGCUGGUUCGCUGGAUUGAGCUCCUCAGUGACGGUGUAAUUGAGCUCUGCCCGUUCCCACACUCUGCAGAUGCCACAGCUACCUCGGGGGCAGCCACAUCCCAGGAAGAGCCCCCACAAGGUAUGCUCAAGACCCAUCGUCUACCAGUCCUGCAUGAACGAGGCGGCGGAAGCGAUCAGAACGUCGGGCAGGAUUGGGCGUUCAUUCUGAGCCGUCGGCGAUUCGAGAUCAAACCAUUCAGUCUGCCGCCGGCCGAGGGGGACACCGAAGCUCAGGAUACGGCGGCAGCGGGAGGAAUGCCCAAGAAGUCUGAUCUUGAAUUUUGA